CACUUCCGGGUUUUUUUUCUUUCCUCUUUUUUUCUGGUUUGUAAUAACUACAAUAUUUCCCCCCCCGUUUAUUCUUAGAGUGCAAAGUCUUUCCAUGUGUUUCUUUUGACGAUAGUACGUUUUGGACCAAAUAAACAACCCAGGAUUUUGCGUCAUUGCUGAUCGGCUCUAAAGCUGCAUGACACUGAAGUUUUGUCGGACGAAAUAAGUCCAGACACAGCAGCGUCAUGUCUGAAGAGCUGGACCUGUCACCUCCGGAGGUACCUGAACCCACCUUACUGGAAAGCAUCCUGCGCUAUGGGUUGUUCCUGGGUGCCAUUUUCCAGCUGAUCUGCAUCCUGGCCGUCAUAAUGCCCUCAUCCAAGAGUCACGAUCAGGAGGAGACCGAAUCCACUGAAAGCAAAACUGGAGAACAGAUGAAGAAAGCAAAAGGAGCGGCACCUCAGAUUCGACAGAAACAAAAGAAGGAGAGCAAAAAGAAAAGAUAGAUGUUUAUGUGCCCUUUUGUUGUGUGUUUUGUCUUUAAUCCCUGUUAUAAGUUUCUAACUUCAUAUUACAACACUACAUCUGAGUCACUUCAGAAUGACCCUCAGCUUAAUCUUUACACUCAGCACACACACAAACACACACACACACUAAAUGACGUUGUGUUUGCUGAUUGUUAAUGAUUGCUGAUAAAUAUUUGAUAGUUUUGGUUUUCUUUUAUCUGCUUUUCAUAUUAUAUGUGUAUGUGUAUUACAAUAAAUAAAAUAACUGCCGUAACUAUA